AUGUCCUACCUUCAGCACCAUGACUACCAGAGUCGUUUGGUCCCCAGGUUAGUUUGGUGUCCAUUUCGUGUCUGUCCAUUGGUCGAGGCGCGUGCUUCAGGCGUCACAGUCGGCCAACAUGUAUCUCGUCGAGGCAAAAGUGAAGCAACGGAUAAAGCGAUUUUGAACUUACCAGGAAAUAGGCAGCGAAAAGGCCUCUUCUUCCAAGUCGACAUGAGCGAACUGCUGUACGUUGGUUGUGAAGAUGGCGGCCCCAGAACCCCGACGCCUGGACUUGGAGGCUGUCGGCGGUUCAUUGAACGCCUCCGAUGGGUCGCAGCU